AUGUUUACAAUUAAUCAUUGGUUUCAUCGAAAUCCUUUAAAAUCAACGGCUAUCGUGUCGUUUGAUCAUCGAACAUCACCAUCAAGUACAGAUGCUAUGCAAAUAUGCAAUCAACUUCGUCAAUUACGUCUUGAACUUUUACAAUUAUUAUGUAAUCCAACGCUUGAAACUUCAAAUAUUCGAGAUACAUUUGAUCAAUAUAUGUCCUUGUUAACCGGUUUUGUAAUAUCACCAGAUGGUAGUAGUGAUGAUUCGAAAUUACGUUAUACAACAAAAUUUUAUUGGAGUGAUUCAUUAACAAAAACCGAUAUUAUAACAGAUGUUCAAGAUGCACAAUUUGAAAUAUGUUGUAUGACAAUGAAUGUCGCCAUGUGGUAUACAAAACAUGCUGCAUAUGUUGCAUCUAAAAGUAGUAUCCCAAGUGAUAAGGAUGCACUUGAUGUACAUAAAUCACUUCGAACUGCAGCUGGAAUGUUUAAACAUGUUAUGGAUGUUGAACUUCGAAAAUUACAUGAUGUUAAAUUACCAUCUUGUUCUGAUCUUAAUGAAAAAAUUCUUGCUGCUUAUUAUUAUAGUUGUUUGGGAGAAUUUCAUGAAGUUACGGUAGCACGAGCAAUGAGUGCUAAACAAGAUAAUGCACUUAUUUCAAGUAUAAGUAAUCAAAUUUCACAAUAUUUUGAUAUGGGAGGUCAACAAUUAGUAUCAUUAGAUGAAAAAAUUAUUGGACAAUGGCGUAUGUAUUUUGGUCUUAAAUCAAAAUUUUAUUUAGCUGAAGCACGUGCAUAUCAAGCAUUGGAUUUUCUCAAGAAAAAUGAUGCACCAAAUUCUUUGAAAGCGGCUGAAGAAGCAAGCAAAGUUCAACAACAAGCAGCUAGUUUUUGUGAACAAUAUUCUAAAACUAAAGGAGCUGGAUCACCACAACGUCAUCCAUUUUUUCUUCAACUUGAUUCAUUAAUUCGUCGUGUUCAAUCAACAGUUGAUUUUGAAAAUAAUAUUAUUCAUCAUAAAAGAGCUGCAGCUGACUUAGCACCACUUGAUAAUAAUCCAACACAUGGAAUUUUACCUGCUGAAGAAUAUAUUCCAGCUAAAUUAAAUAGUUUAUUUUCUGAGAAUACUUAUCGAGCAUUUGAUAUUGGUCGAAAUGUUGGCAAACCGUAUAAAGAAGAUAAACAUGCACGUGAAGUAAAAGAAGCUCGAGAAAUGCCAAUACCACAAGGAAUGCCACCAUCCGAAAGUGCUUGUACUAUUGCUUAA